ACAGUAGGUUGUGAAUUAGAGCAAGCGACUGUCAUAUGAAAAACCAAGAAUAGAGAAUACCCUGCAUAUGGUAGCAACGAGUUGGUAGCACAGCUUGUCCUCUUUAUGACGCAAGUAAUACAAAAAUAACGCGUUGCAAUCCUAUAUUGUGCUUUUUGAAAAGAAGUUUUUGAUGAAAACACUGCCGAGAAACUCCAAUAUAGGCCAUGGCAAGAGUGCUACGAAAUUUUCGGUACAGGAACUUUGAAGAACCUGUUUUUCCAGAGAACAUACAUUAUUUGUCCCUGCUGGAUAGCAUCAUAUCAUUGGAUGAUGAGUUCUACAAGUUCCCCGACAGCAGCGUGCCUUCAUUGCAAACGCUCUGCAUCAAGUGGAUGCUGCGUCGCAGCAGUGUGCUGUUUGGGCCAUACUCGAGCAGCAGCACCGAUCAGCUGCUGAGCUCGCUGCCGCCGGGCCCGUUCGACUCCCUGCCGCCGCCGCUCUGUGACCUGGUCUGUGACCUGAUGCUGAGCCUGCGGGAGCCGGAGACCAGCUCGGCGCCACUCUACUGCGUCAUCUCGCCGUACACGCGGUGUCUGUGCCUGCGCGAGCCGCUCACCCAGGUGGCGGCCGCCGAUCUGGAGGGCCUGCUCGAGGCGCGCGUGUGCCACCUGACGGAGCUGACCUGGACGAGCCCGCCGAUGUCGCAGCGGCUGCUGGACCACCUCAUCGGGCUGGCGUCGUUGACCACGCUUAUCACCGAGGAGGCGGUAGAGCCGGCCAACGUCUGCAGACUGCUGCAGCAGUGUUCGUCGCUGCGUGUGCUCAAACUGCGGGAGGCGGGCUGUGUGGCGGCGCUGGCUGAACAGGGCGUGACCAGUCGUCGGAUGGUCGACCUCGCUUUGUUGAUGGGUCACGAUGCGUGUUUGGACCUGGCAGCUCUGUGCAGGGUGUUUCCGGCGCUAGAAAAGUUGUCUGUGCACCCUGACAAACCAAGGUCCGGCUGGCGUGUGAGGGAAGCAGAGUCCGAACUCUUGGAGGCAGAUUCUUGGUUCAGUGAACUGAAAGAAUUGUCGCUGAGAGCUUGCGAAAACUGUACAAUGUUACAGAGGCCUCUGAAGGCACUAACGAAGCUUUCAAUGGAGAGCUGUAAGUACUAUCUUGAAGAUGUCGCCAACCAGUCACAUCUUAACUUUUUGAGAAGUGUGCAGUGUGCUGUGUAUUUUCGGGGAUCUAGACUAGGCUCUCAGUCAGUCGUAAACAUAGAGACGCUUCAUGUGACUACCAUAAGCGAGCGUCUCGAAGCGAAUCUUCCCUUAAGCGGGAGAAUGUUUCCGCGUUUGCGCCGCAUUGCUCUGGCUGGAGAUGUGCGCACUCAGUCUCCGGGUGCCGACUUUUUGGCACUACGCGAGUUUCACUACUGUUACACCAGCUCUGUGCUCGCCGAGAAAGUGCUGGCGUCAGCACCGCUCUCCCAGCUUGAAAAGCUCUCGCUCAAGUACCAGUUCGACGACGGCGCGCCGCUGACGCUGGGCACACUGUCGCGGUGCUCGCGGCUGUCGGAGCUCGAGCUGGAGGGCUUCAGCGACGUGUCUGUGCCGUCGGGGCUGCAGCUGCCGUCGGUGCGCCUGCUGCGGCUGCGCGGCGGCACGUGCUGGCCGCGCGUCGUCCACUGGCUGCUGGCCGCGUUGCCGGGCCUGAAGUGCCUUCAGCUGGUCGAGCUGAUGAUCCGAUCGGACCUGUGGACGCGCUGGUUCCGCGACUGGCGACAGGCCGGCAUCGAGGUGGAACUGGUGGGUGGGUGCUCGAUCCCUCCGUGGCGGAGGAGCAGCAUCAGGAGCCACGCCGCCGCACUGUGAUCUUCGGCUUCUGUGUAGGUGACCUCUGGUGAAGCUCACUCAAAGUCGUGCUAGUCGUUUUUGUUAUGCAAUCGUCGGUUUUGCACUACGCUUACUAAUCAAUGUAUUUUUGAUGAUGCAUCGUCAUUGUGCUUGAUAGUUGGUGUUUUGUAUGAGGGCCUUAUAUCAUAUCCACGUAUUUGCCUUAAAUACAUACAUUUAUUGAUAUCAGAGAA